UGUCCCUCAGGCGACUGCAAAGGCGGUCCACGGUCCUUGUGGAGCGUGUGGCUUGCCGGCUUGUUUGCUACCAGGAGUGGUUGGUGUUCUCCAGGGCGGCCAUGGCAGAGCCACAGCCCGCGUCCAGUGGCCUCACUGAUGAGACUGCCCUCAGCUGCUGCUCCGACCCGGACCCCAGCACCAAGGAUUUUCUACUGCAGCAAACGAUGCUAAGAAUUAAGGAUCCUAAGAAGUCCCUGGAUUUUUACACGAGGGUCCUUGGGCUGACGCUCCUACAGAAGAUUGACUUUCCUUCUAUGAAGUUCUCGCUCUAUUUCUUAGCUUACGAGGAUAAGAACGAUAUCCCCAAGGACAAGCCUGAGAGGACAGCAUGGACAUUCUCCAGAAAAUCUACCCUUGAGCUCACACUCAACUGGGGCACUGAAGAUGACAAGACCCAGAGUUACCACAAUGGCAACUCAGACCCUCGAGGAUUUGGUCACAUUGGCAUCGCCGUUCCUGAUGUCUACGGUGCCUGUAAGAGAUUUGAAGAACUGGGUGUCAAGUUUGUGAAGAAGCCGGAGGACGGGAAAAUGAAAGGUCUGGCAUUCAUUCAAGAUCCUGACGGCUACUGGAUUGAGAUUCUGAAUCCUAACAAAAUAGCAGAGAUUAUUCCAUGAGAAUGUGCCUUUGAGGUGUCGUGAAUGGUGGGGACAAGAAACAGCGUGAUUCACGAUGCUGAGGAGCUGAGGUGCCGGAAGCCUUGGGGACUGAUGCGUCUGCUCCAGCUCAAAUCAUUCUGAAAUCCUUUUCAUUGUCCUGAUUCAGUGGGUUUUGAAAAAUCUCCCCUCUGUUUAGCCAACCUAAUUUUCAAGUAGCAAUUUAUCUUAUGACCUUGACAAAGUUGUGUGACUUUACCUUUAAGAUAAUAAUUAGAACAGUUGCCUUUAGAGACCACAGCUGCUACUGCCUGUCUCUUAAAGACUACUCAAGUCUGUUUCUGAUUCAUCAUUUAAACUUUUGUUUCAAAUGUUUCUUUUUGGGGUCUGUUACCUUCUGGGGUUUCAGUUCCUCAGAAAUAACUUUCCAUACUGGGAAAUACAGAGCCGUGAACAGAAAUGAGAUUUGGCGAGUACUUCAAACAGCAUAGUGUUUAUCUUAUAAAAGAGAAGGUAUUCCUGAGAGCAAUUCGGAAUCAUGCCUGCCGACAAGGACACAGAAAUACUAAUUUUUUUUUUUUGUAUGUAUAAAGUACUUUCAGAAUUCAAGGACUAUCUUUACUUUUCUGGGAAUGUGGAGGAGGAUCGGAUUAGACAAGGGGCUAUGCUGUAGCAUCCUUUAUGUGAAUGAACACUGCAGUUACCAUGUGAGAAAGCAAACAGCUGGACAUGUGAGGCAACCUGAUUGGUCUGAAGGCAUGUGAGGUCAUCGGUUCCAGUAGCUGGAUUAUGCCUACAGUGCCUCCUUCCCUACUGUGAAACCUGCAGUGAGUCUGGCCUGUGCUCUUUGCUCACACUUGGGCUUGAAUCCCCUUUGCUCUAGGGGACCCCUGUGAGUGAGCCCCACAUUACUUGGAGGAAGUCUCCCCCACCCCAUGCUCCUCAGGAUGCUUGUCAUCACAUAGGAUGAGUUACGUUCAGUGCUAAGUCAGACAUCGGGAGUUAGCUCUGUGGUCUAACCUGCUGACUGACAAUUGAUGGAUUCUCAGGUGAUUUGGAGACUCAAAGACUGGAGGACAAAACCCAAUCUGAAGUUUCCAGCCCGCUGUUGUGGAAGAUUCGGAUGGGCAAUGCCAAGCAUUACUCAGCUAUGGGCACUUUCUGUCUUCUCGGGACGAAAUAGAUUUAUGUGAGCAGUUUAAACACAUCAUAGGCUGAAAUAAAGCUAACGCUGUUUAAUAUAUAAA